AUCACAUGCAUUGGUACUAUUUGAAAGCUCUUUCUAAAGUUUGGCCUAAAAGAAGAAGAGAGUGAGUAGUGAGUUUUGAGGGAGAAGUUGGAGUGAAAAGAAUCCAUGGGGAGGCCUCCUUGUUGUGACAAAGUUGGCAUCAAGAAGGGUCCAUGGACACCUGAAGAGGAUAUCAUCCUUGUCUCUUACAUCCAAGAACAUGGUCCUGGAAAUUGGAGAUCAGUGCCUACUAAUACUGGGUUGUCAAGAUGCAGCAAAAGUUGCAGGCUUAGAUGGACAAAUUACCUCAGGCCAGGAAUCAAGAGAGGGAACUUCACUCCCCAUGAGGAAGGAAUGAUCAUUCAUUUGCAAGCUCUACUGGGUAACAAAUGGGCAGCCAUAGCUUCCUACCUUCCGCAAAGAACAGAUAAUGAUAUAAAGAAUUAUUGGAACACACAUCUAAAGAAGAAGCUGAAGAAAUUCCAAGCAGCCUUAGAGCCUCCUCACCAAGCAUCAGAUUCCACAACCACUGGUCAGUAUUUAUCAAAGAGCUUCAAUGACAGAAGAAGUUUAGAUAUCAGCAACGACCAUGCCUCAUCCACUAGGCUAAGUCAAUCUCAGUCCUCAACAUAUGCCUCAAGCACUGAGAACAUUUCAAGGCUCUUAGAAGGUUGGAUGAGAUCUUCUCCAAAGCCACUCAAAGGAACACAAGAUGAAGAGCUUCAAAGCAAUGACAGCUUUGAAAACACUAAGCUAGUGAAAUCUGCAUCAGUGCCUGCUUUACACCUUCAACUUCAGCACAAAACCAAAGAUGAACAAGAGGGUGGAGAUAUAGUGUCCCAUGAAGAGUUUGAUUCUAUUUUGUCUUUUGAGAACCUAAACAAUGCUGCUUGGGACAAGUCCACUUGUGAUUCUAUGCCUGAAAAGUGUUCUGAAGCUUCUGUUCCUGACUUUGCUGACAAGGUUGAUCACGAUAUAGCAGAGAGUCAUAGGCAAAAAACUGAAAACUGUGCUCCUCCAUUGUCAUUUCUUGAGAAGUGGCUUUUGGAUGAAAACGUUGGUCAAGGGGAUGAUAUGAUGGAAUUGUCUCCUAUGUUCUAACAUGGAAAUCACCAAUCCCUCCCUAAGUUUGGGAUGUGACAUUUCAAAUCAUGAUAAGUCUGAGGAAAGAAGAAACUGUUUGAUCUAUCUGACUAGGGUUUUAAUCUAUUACAUGGGUUGAGGUUCUCAGAAGUUGGGAUCUCUCUUUCAACUUGUAACUUUGAAGUAUAUGAAUGGUUUAAUUAUUUCAAGUACUUAGCUUAGUGCAUGUUUCUAUUUGCCUUGUAGAAAACUACAAAUGUCUACUUGAGGCCAAAUAAUAAAA